AUCAUCAAGCGUUGCUGCGAAGCGUCGCGUUUACUGUCAACAAGAGACCCUCCGGAGUGCAGGUGAAUGCCGGCUAAACUAACUUUCUGCUCCCGGAGGACCACCAACAAACGCCGUACUACAUUAUUUACGUCCAAAGUUCGGUCCUCCAACGUCUUCAGGAUUUGUCCAACGUUAUACCACUAGGAUAGUCUGCUAUGGCAGCAUUUGUGCCCAAACUCUCCAGUGGUGCCACCGUAAAGAUCCGCCUGGAUAGCAUAGAUCUGGGCCUCACCAAAUGGAGAGAGGGGACAUUUGAGAUCCUGGAGAAGGACAACAGAGUUAACCUCUGUGUGAAAUUCAAUGGUUCUGGGGCCCCCAAAACCUUUCAGCUUAACCAGAACGUGAAGAAAUUAUCCCCGAGCUUGAACCGAAUUAUGCUGACCCUGAAGGACCACAGUGUCAUCACCUUCGACAGAAUGCCCCCACAGCUGGCUCAGAGGACAAAGGACUACCUGGAAAAGCUGAAACAGGGAAAAACUGUUCUGAAAUCCUCCCACGGAAGUGCGAACUUCAGCGUGCUCAGUAAUCGCUCCAUGAAAAACGAGAACAGCUCAACUGGGGAAAGACAGACGACACCAAGGAGGCCGAGUGCGGACGCCAGGGACGAUUCGACGCCACGGAAACCUCUGAGCAGCCCCAGCAGAGCGGCCUCCACGCCGACUCGCAGCGGACUGUCUGAAAACAGGGGUGAGAAGAGAAAGAGGCUGCUGAACUCUGAGAGUGACCUAACGGAGGACUACCCCAAGGAAAACGACUCCUCCAGCAACAACAAGGCCACUGCAGACCCAUCCAGAAAGUUUCUGCUGAGCUGCAAAGACAAACUGAAGCAGGCAGAGGAGAACAGGAGCUCAGCUCCACUGGGGUCCACUCCCCUUCAGCCAACAUCGUUCUACGGUAGUCGAUCUGCAGCUAAAGACUACAGCCAGAGCUCUUUCCUGGACAGAGCUUCCAGCGCUGCACAGACCACCAGCAGCAAGAGAAGCCUGGUGCUCCCCAACCACUCCACUCCCUUCAAGAAAGUCCGACCAUCUCUGGAUUACGGAGGCUGGAACAAGCAGAGACCCUCCAGCCUGGCCCAGCAACAGCCCCCUCUGCAGGGGUUUUCCAACUUGGGCAACACUUGCUACAUGAACGCCAUCCUCCAGUCGCUCUUCAGCCUCCCCUCGUUCUCCAACGACAUGCUGAAGCAGGGCAUCCCAUGGAAGAAGGUUCCCAUCAACGCCCUGCUCAGGCGUUUCGCUCACCUCAUGGUGAAGAAGGACGUGGCCUGUCCAGAGACCAAGAAGGACCUGUUGAGGAAAGUGAAGAACGCCAUCUCCUCCACAGCCGAACGCUUCUCUGGAAACAUGCAGAACGACGCUCACGAGUUCCUGAGUCAGUGUUUGGAUCAGCUGAAGGACGACGUGGAGAAAAUGAACAAAGCCCUGACAAACGACACGUCCGCACCCUCGUCUUCCGCCGUGUCUGAUAACGCUGCGGAGGCGACGGCCAAAGCGGAACCCGGCGACGAGGCCGACACCUCCCGCAUCUACACCUGCCCCGUAGCCGUCAACAUGGAGUUCGAGGUGCAGCACACCAUCACCUGCAAAUGCUGCGGUGAGGUGGUGAACAAACGCGAGCAGUUCAACGACCUUUCCAUCGACUUGCCGCGCAGGAAGAAGACGCUUCCACUUCGCUCCAUCCAGGAUUCCCUGGACCUCUUCUUCAGGAUGGAGGAAAUUGAAUACUCCUGUGAAAAGUGCAGUGGGAAAUCAGCUACUGUGACGCAUAAGUUCAGCAAACUUCCCAGGGUUCUCAUCCUCCACCUGAAGAGGUACAGCUUCAACGCUCAGCUGUCCCUGAACAGCAAGCUGGGCCAGCAGGUUCUGAUCCCCCGGUACCUCACCAUGCUGUCCCACUGCACCGACAGCACGCGGCCCCCCGUCAGCCUGGGCUGGACCUCCCAGGCCUCCAUGUCUCGGACGCUUAAAACAUCACAAUCAGUCAACUCCUCCACGACUCCUCUGAGAAGGACUGGAGGAAAACCAACAAACUCCAGCUGCAGCUUGAUUCUGCUGGAUUCGGACUGCGAAGACGAGCCCACCAGGAAGGUGAACACCAGCCGCAAGCGGCGCCUCAGCACCUGCCUGCCUGAAGACGAAGAACGCCUAGAGGAGAAGGCGGCAGCGUUGGAUGCGGAAGAAUUCAGCGGCAUAAACGACGAAGAAAUGUUAGCCGCCGUUCUGGAGAUGAGUCGAAGAGAAGCCGAGCUGCCCGAAGCGGCGCCCCUAGAGGACGAGCCCACCAGCAGCCCGGACACCGGGUUCGGAGACUCGGAUGUUCAUGAAGUGGCUUAUCACGCUGAUAUGCUGGAAACGGACAACAAACCACCUGCAGGUACCGACAGAACGUUAAAACCAGAAGACGUGCUGGAAUCUCUGGAUUUGACGAUGGAUGAGAACAAGGAGAACCAAACUCCGGAGAGCGUGCAGCAGCAGGGAGAGUUGGACUGGGUCCAGCAGUACAAUCUGGACCAGGAGAGGGAGGAACAGGAGCUGCAGCAGGCCCUGGCCCAGAGCCUGCAGGAACAUGAAGCGCAGGAGAUGAGAGAAGAUGACGAUCUGAAAAGAGCCACUGAGCUCAGCCUCCAGGAGUUCAACAACUCGCUGCCGGAGCUGCUGUGCUCGGAUGACGACUCCGGGAACGAGGACGUCCUCGACAUGGAGUACACAGAAGCCGAGGCGGAGACCCUGAAAAGGAACGCAGAGAACGGAGACUUGGCCAACUCCUACAGACUCAUCAGUGUGGUCAGUCACAUCGGGAGCAGCUCUUCCUCUGGACAUUACAUCAGCGACGUGUUCGACAUGAAAAAGCAGUCAUGGCUGACCUACAACGACCUGGACGUGUCGCGCACGCAGGAAGCUGCCGUCCAGAGAGACCGCGACCGCAGCGGAUACAUCUUCUUCUACAUGCACAGGGAUGUUUUCGAGCAGCUGUCUGAGAUGGAGCGAUCGGGAUCCAGCAGCGCCGCUGAAGCAGGAAGGAACGUCCUGCAGCCUCUUUGAGACGUCCCCAUAGACCAAGCUGUCCUGCAGGCGUCCUCCACACUGUCCCAAUAAAUGAGCUCGAGUCCUUACAGGCAGUAAACUGUAAGGCUCAAACCUUCAGCGCAUCAAACGGCGCCUCCUUCUUAUAGAUGCCUUUUUUUUCCUCUCUGUCGCCCUCAACCAUCAGACGCAGCUGCUAAGCUGCAGAUUCUUUAUUUCCCAUAAAAUAAUAAAUAUGAAUUCUAUGUUGGAGUCAAAGCUGUGGCAGAGCUAGAGGGUGGGUGUGUUUAGCGGGUUACAUUUGGUGCAAUACGUCGGUUCUGAUCAGUUGUUUCGUGCUGCUUCGCCUGUUCGGUUGUUUUCUUUUCAAAUCAGACGUCUGUUGGUUUCUGAGGUUCUGCCAUAUUUUGGCUUGGAUUUCUUUUUUUUUUUUUUGAACUUGUGCCUCCAGAGAAGACUUUUAUAAACAUGUGCACGAGCUUUACUUUGAAAGGUGCACAACUUUGGUUUUGGAUGUUUGUCGGACCUUCUGUCAUGUUCGUAUGUAUAAAGCCAACAGAUUUUUAAUGGUGUUUGCAGCAUAGAGGUGGAUCCGCCCCCGAAUAGUUAAUGUUCCUGUUCCUUCAGUAUUUAUCAGCUCAGUUCUCCGUUUGCUUGGAAAAUAAUCCCAAAACAAAUCUAGUUUAGUUUUUAUUCCACAGCAAGAUUAAACAUGUCAUUUCUCCCUCAUAAGAUGAUUUCCUUUAAAUAUUUAUAUCAAUUUGGUGGAUAUGAGUGGCCUGAGAGGUGGAUC